GAAGUGUUGGAGGGUGACUUACACCCAUCAGAGUAUCUGUACCUUGAAGGGGUCAACAGUGGACAUAUCCUGCUCUUACACAUAUCCCAGUUAUCAUGAGAUCAAACAUGCUUUCUGGUUUACUAAAUGGUCUGGUGUGGAGCCUGAAGAUCUGAGCUCAGUGCCAGGGUAUGAGGGUCAUAUAGAGUACCUUGGGGAUAAGGAGAGUGACUGUACCCUGAGAAUCACAGACCUGAGAUUGAGAGACUCUGCUGGGUACAGAUUCAGAUUGAUAACAUCAGGAGAUACGUUUGCUGGCUCACCUGUCUCCCUGACUGUCACAGAUGUUGUGUUGGAGAUGGAUCCUAUAUCUGUGUCAGAGGGGGAGAGAGUCACACUGAGAUGUAGAACCAAAUGUACACUGGACCCCAUCCCAGUCUACAGUUGGUAUAAGAAUGGACAGUCUAUACCAAACAGCAACACCUCCUCUCCUGUCUAUAUCCUUUUCUCAGUCAGCAGUGAGGAUACAGGCAGAUACUCCUGUUCUGUAGAAGGACAUGAGGAUCUCCCCUCUGCUGAUGAGACUCUCACUGUCAGAUAUGGACCAAGGAACACCUCAGUGUCAGUUAGUCCCUCUGGUGAAAUAGUGGAGGGCAGUUCAGUGACUCUGACCUGCAGCAGUGAUGCCAACCCACCUGUGGACAAAUACACCUGGUACAAGAAGAACGUAACCUCACCAAAAGCAUCAGGACAGAGUUACAGCAUUACUUCUAUCAGCUCUGAGGACAGAGGAGAAUACUACUGUGAAGCUAGCAACAUUAAAGGGACAGAGACUUCCAUCCCUGUCCAUAUUAAUGUCAUGUCAGUGUUUCCCUGGGUUCCUGUAAUGGGGGUGGGGGCUGUCCUGACUGCUGGAGCUCUGCUCCUCACCAUCUACUGCACUCUGAAGAGGAGAUCCACAGGAGGAAGUGACGCCACAGCAGACACACAGAGUGUCCAUCAUGACCCUAACAGUGACACGUACACAGGUCUGAACAUGAGGACCAUGUCACCUGACUACGACACUCUGGCAAGUGUCCAUCCUGACCCUAACAGUGACAUGUGCACAUCUAUGAAGAAGAAGACCAGAUCACCAGAGUGACACCCUGGGAAUUAAGGGACUCCCCUGUGACACAGACCCUCAGAUAGAUGCUGAGCCCUCCGAUUAUCAGAACUGAAGCAAACCACCACAGAACCUGGACAGUGACACAGACCCUCAGAUAGAUGCUGAGCCCUCCGAUUAUCAGAACUGAAGCAAACCACCACAGAACCUGGACAGUGACACAGACCCUCAGAUAGAUGUUGAGCCCUCCGAUUAUCAGAACUGAAGAGAACCACCACAGAACCUGGACUGAAGUCAACCAACACAGAACCUGGACUGUAGAGAACCAUAACAGAACCUGGUCCGAAGAGAACCCCCAAUGUUUUUUCCUUGUAAUGUUAAUUAAAUAUAUUGAAGAUAAAUAGGCUGGAUUAUACUUUUACUCUUUUAUAAUGGGACAUUUCCCCCCAAAAUGUCCAAAGUUAUUCUCAUGUAGUAAUGAAAACAACAAUGAAGG